UGAAGAGCUACGUCACCGUUAACUGCAGGUUCGUGUCUCCCGAAAUUAACCCUAAAUAUCCCGUUAAGUCAUAGCCAUGUCUCUCUGCGACGACAUACUACUAUGUAACUUCCCAAAGUGCCGGACUAAGCUGAGCGGCUUCGCCUGGGUCACAGCUUGCUCACAUGUUUUCUGUGAUCAACAUGGGUCCGGUGAGUUCAGCCGCUCUCCUGCCAUCUGCCCGGCCUGCUCUUCUGCGUUGUCUGGGAAGCUGGACAUUGUGAGGACGGAGCUGUCGCCCUCUGAGGAAUACAAAGCCAUGGUGCUGGCAGGCCUGCGACCAGACGUUGUUCUUGACAUCAGUGCUCGUGCUCUGGCCUUCUGGAGCUAUCAGGUCCAUCAGGAGCAUAUGUAUCAAGAGUACAGUCUGUCACGUGCCGAGGCACAGCUGAAGCAGAUGGACAAGGUGUUGAACCAGCAGAACCAGAGCAGAGAACUGGAGCUCGGGGGCAUGAGGGGGGAGAUCACCUCCCUGAAGAAAGUGAUGGAGGAGUAUAAAAGGAAGUACAGCGAGGUCUCCGAGAGGCUGAUGGAGCGAAACAGGCAGUACCAGAAACUACAGGGGCUGUACGACUCACUGAGGCUGCGCAACAUGGUGGUGGGUGUUGGAGACAGAGACAUGCUGCCACAAGCUGUACAUCACGAUUUCAACACCGCGUGUCACACAGGGGUGGCUCGGCAGGCAACUCCCCAGAGAAGCCCCCAGUUCCUCUCCGCGGGCAACGACGGGGACAGCAGAUUCUUCUCCUGCCUGGAGGCUGACGGAGCCAAGACCUUCUUCCAGUUCAGCUCCCCUGCCAGGGAGAGAGGCCGGCCCUUCAUGAAGAAGCACUGAGAUAGUAACAGGUUUCAAAAUCUGAUUGUAGCACAUUAAGUUAAAUUUAUUUAUUUAUAUGUUAACAAAGUGUUCUAAUGUUUUAGUCUUCAUUUAGUUAGCAGGGUUUGCCUCAAGGACAUUUUUGUAGUAUUUAUUGUAAUUUUGAACUAAACUAGGCAUAAAAAUCAACUUUUAGUCCUGGUUUCUACUUAAGCAUUUGUGUUUUAGAAGUACUUGUAAUGUAAAUAAACAUAAAAUCAGUUUACAAAGAGCACUGUCUUACAGCUUUCUGUUAGUGUGUAAAUUGUCUGUUUUACCAAAAAUAAGACAGGAAAAGCUUUGCCUGUUUCUAGUCAAAAACAGACACAUUGAAGAACUUAAUGUAAUCAGGAAGACUCCACUAUGUUGAUCAUUUCCUUUCAUAAUUUUUGUGUGAUUAAUAUUUGAAAACUAAGAAGAUUAGGCAGUUGGGAUAAGGGGGUUAGUUUAACUCUAACGCAAAGACAAUGGAUUGUUUUGGUCCAAAAAUGCUUGACUUUUAUAGUGAACAAAAAUCAAUUAUACAUUUUCCUUUACGGAUACAGUACACGUUAACUGAAUGAAUAACAGUAGGCGGUCGUUCAUGCGAACUGUGUGAGGAAUUUGGGCAAUCUGGUUUAAACCUGAGCAAUUGGCUGGUUGUUGAUUGGAAGUAGAAGACCCCCCGAGGUCUAGACCUGGAUAACAAACAACUGAUGCAGCUAGUAAAGUGGUCAACCCAGACCGCAAGAAUUUCUUUUGUACGGUUUUUAACUAUUUAAUGAGUAAUAAAACCUCUGAUCAGUAGGACCCUUUCACAAAAGACAUUUCACAUUAGGAAAAACACAGGUAUAAAUACUAAUAAUCCAUUAAGCUGCUUCAGUUUCAGUGUCCUGAUGUUGUGUAUGCUGGCUCAUUGUCACUUACUGACUCACUGGGACAGUUGAAUAGAACAGAACCAUCAUUAAUGUUAUUAGUAAUACGUGUGCUUUUCUUUUUAUAAUAAGUCAAAAU